AUGUCGGCUCCCGAAGCCCCUCUUCGCUAUGUCGGAAUCGAUAGGAACUCCGCCGCCUUCCGCCUCAUGAAACAAAUGGGAUGGGAAGAAGGAGAAGGACUUGGGAAAGAAAAGCAAGGGAUCAAAGGUUACGUCAGGGUGGAGAACAAGCAAGACACUUUAGGUAUAGGCACUGAGAAGCCAAAUGCUUGGGCUUUUGAUACCACACAGUUUGAUAGCAUCCUCAAGAAAUUGAAAGUGCAAGCCGUUGAAAUUAACAAUGAUAAAGUUGAUAAAAAAGACAAAGCGAAAGCAAAGAAAGUAGAAGCAAAAAAACAGAACAAGGCUUCCAAGGACAAUCAUGAUACAGCUGUCAAGGUGACUCGACCGCAAGGAAGGUAUAAGAGAAGAGAGAAGGGGAAACUUGUCCAAGCAUAUUCUUCUCAGGAUCUUGAAGGAAUUCUUGUAAAGAAGGUAAAGUCUCCCGAUAUAAGUAAUGAUCAGGAUGUAUCAAAGGAAGCAGAGUCAAUGAAAAUCCAAGUUCCAGAUAUUCAUGUUAAGGAUCAAGAUGUUCCACCAGAGUGGUGGGGACGCAAAUAUGGGUUCAUUGCUGGGGGUAUCCUAGGUGCUGAAUCUCGGAGAAAGAGGGCCCUUCUCUCUGAAAAUAGCCAAAAUCCUAAUCAGAGAAUGACAUUUAAUGAGGAGGAUCAAGAAAACCUUUACAAACUUGUACAAGAUAAAGCCACCUCUGGAAAACAAGGGCUUGGUAUCAAAGACCGUCCCAAGAAAAUCAAUGGCUGCUUCUUUGAGGGGAAAAAGACUACUUUUGAUGAUAGUGAUGACGAGGGUUCUUCUGAUUCCCAUUCUUCAGUGAAAAGGAAACAAGAUAAAAAUCUAGAGAUGGAAGAAGAUGAAGAACUGAAGCCAAAGCUUAAAAUAUUAUGUAGACGGCUUCUUCAGCAGGUGCCUGGGGAGUCAUUAAAGCUGAAGCAGCUCAAAGCGCUCAUUGACGAGCAUUCACCUUCUACCUUCUCUGGCAUUUCUUCCAAGAAGGAGGCGCUCACUUUUCUAAAGCACAAGCUCGAAGGCAGUGACAGAUUCUCUAUUGAGGGGAAAAAAGUGGCACUCUCUUCCAAGAGGACCUGA